CAGCUUGCCGUGGCUCUCAGUCGCGCCUGCUCCCUCUGUAACUACUGGUUUGUUCUCUUCCGUGUUGUGUGCCAGUGUACUCACAACAUCUCUGUCCUACACGUAAUUACAGUUAUCAGUGGUUGAGUAUAACAGUCGUACAGGCCUACUACUAUUUUCUCUCUCUCUUACGUAGCCUCCGACAGAAUGCUUCUUUAAACAUUUUACUACAGUAUUGCCAUAAUCUUUUCUUACGUUGUAAAUAUGUUUCUCCAGUUUAUUCAGACAGUUUCGUGAUGCAGCUUUACGAGGCCAUGGAGGAGCGGUGAUCGCUGAGGGCGCGGCGAUGCGGGAGCCGUGACUUCUACUACCACUGCCAUGGCGGAGGAACCCGAGGUCAUCCCACCGACAUUCUUGCAGAAACUGCUGUUUUACACCACUGCGUUCUUCAUCCUCCUCGGGACUUUCAGCCUCUUCGCCUUCCUCUUCCUCGUGCCUUUCGUGAUCGAUCCGGCCUUCACCACAAUCUUCAUGGAGUUCGACACGAACCCGGCGUGGUGUCAGACGGUCGACACGCUAAAGCAACAAGGUGUGUCCAACUGCACCUGGAGUUCGUGCCGCGAGGGCUGCACCAAGGAGGUGUACGAGUGCACGCAGAUCCGGGUAAACUACAAGCUGAGACCAUCCGAAGGGGAAGAGGGAGGCGAGGAAAGGAAGGCCGAGGAGGACGGAGACGCGCGGGUGGAGCGCGCGCUGCGCGAUUACGAGUACUUCGAGCCGCAGAAGGAGGAGGACGACGAGGCCGACUUCUCCGGCGACGAGGACCAGCCGCUCGAGCCACGCACGGGGCUCAUGGGCAACGACUCCGAGUGGUACUUCACCUUCGCCAAGCUGUUCCCCAACGUCAAGGGCUGCGGCUACCCGCCGAUGCUCAACUGCACCAUCUUCGUCGGACUGUACGAGACGCCCGGGACCAACUUCUCGUGCUACUACAGCAAGGUGGACCCCGGGCUCGUCAUCAGCGACCUCGACAUGCACCAGGUGUACAUGAACCUGGUGUACGCCAUGGCAAUCCCCAUACCUUCCUUCAUAAUAUCCGUCAUCUACCUGACGUUCGCUUACUUCGUCAUCUACAACGAAGAGCCGGAGGAAGCGCUGGUGGACGGAGGUGGCGACGCGGACGUGGACGGCGAGGGCGGCACGGCGACGCCGCUGCCCCCGGCGCUGACGCCCGCCAGCGACGCCUUCCGGGAAGACCUGGCCAGCUUCGGCCACCAGCUCAAGGUCGCCAUGGCCGACGAGCUCAGCCGCGAGAGCGUGCCCGACGUCGUCGCCAACUCCACAUCCGUCCCCGGGAGCCUUGGAAAGACGAUGGCGACUAGUAUUCCAACUCCAGGCGGCCCCAUCGCAGAUGUAUAGGACAAGCACUCCAGAAUGAGUGAGACACCACAGAAGAGACUAAACGAUUGAGAAGGAAGGUUCUUGCUGAGAGCACAGUAAUUUUCUUUCAUUGACACGUCUAUCAUACCUAUUUCAUUCGGUUAAUUUUAAGGAGUUCUAAUACACAAUUUUUGACACACUUUUGCAUGUUUCUAUUUUUUAGGGGGGGAAGAGGUUUUGAAGACCAUAUUCUCCGUUACUGACCAUAAGUAAUCAGUUUAUCUUUCCAAAUACAAUAAUUUUUCUCGGCACAGUAAGGAAUGUAAUGUGAAUCAUGUUUGGUCACUUUGUCGGAUGAUACUGCUAUAGGUGCUAUCUUGCUAAAUAAUGGACAUAUUGUUAUAUUUUCAAAAUGUCUUUCAUGCUAACGUUAGCAAUUGUAUUUGUAAUAUUUGUGUGGAAACAAACAAGUUGAGUGGUUUCUGAAGUAAUGUUUUUCAAAGAAACAUCUGUUACAAUGUUGUUGAACAUAUUCUGUCGUAAGAGUGGAGAGAAAAUCCCACAACGUUCAUGAUUUAUAGUGAAAUAUUUUAUCCAUAAACACAUAUUCUAAUGAGUGAUGUAUUAUGUUGCUGUCGUUCAGAAUCUUUAACUUUGGUACUUUAUAAGAAGAGUGCUGGUUUGUUAAUUGUUGAAACUGUUCCAUAAAUGGUAAAUAUCACAAAUGUUUUAAAAUCAACAACUGAAACAAUAAUUUUAUGCGAUGAGUUUGUAGCUUUUUAGUAUCGAUUCAACCAACGAACUCUUGCAAUACUGCAUAUAUAUCAAGCAACAUGAAAGUGCUUUGACAUAAAACUAAUUACAAGUCGAAUGAUGAAACUGAGUGAUGCUGUUGUAAUAAGUGUAAUGUAACAGUUAGUGCUUUUUGAUGCCAUGUAUGAUUUAGUAACAAAUAUUUACAGUUUUCCUAUAGUAACAUAAAACAAAGCCUGCCCAACAACAAAUUUUUAUAUGAAUCUGUUGUUUAUCAUUUUCAUUAAGUGAAAUGAAGUUAUCUCUGACAAUCUCGAUGGAACGUUUAGAUAAGUAGCUCUUGUUCAGUGUAAACUUAAGCACCAAAUAAGAUUAAACUACUCAUCACUGAAUCGAGUAAGGACAAAAAAGUCUGUGAUCUAGAAACAGUUUAAAAUACUCUGUGUGACUAUUAGAAAAAUGGUAAGCAAAUAAUGGUAAACUAGUAUAUUAUGCAGAUCUCCAACUAGCAGCUAGAAAUUAUUAUGUGACUGACACCGCCCACUGGUAACGUUCUCCAAUGAUAAAUGUUUUGCAUAAAUAAAAUCUAAUUCACUGUGUAAAGCAAUCUUAGACGUAGAAAUUUUAGCUUAUGAUAGAGGUUUAAUCGUUCUAUAAUUCCUGUUGAAUUGCAAUGAAGGCUUCAUUUCAAAGCAUUUAAUUAAAUACAAAUUUAAUUCCGUCCAGAGCUGCAUCCUACAAAUCUCUUCAAAACAGUGGCAAGGAUUUGUUGCUGUACAAAGUAAGAAAUGUGACAGGAUAGUUGGAUGAAUAUAAACAGUUAACUGAAUCUCAUCUAGUUGUGCUGCUAAUAGAAGCAAUAGGCUUUUGCAAACGUUGUUCUAUAGUUAUAUAAGUAAUAGACAUUAAAAAUAUACCGGAAAUCCGUUUUAGAACAGCUCUCAUUAAUUAAAUGUAAAUAGGUAGUGUCACAUCUCACUCAUUUUUGUGCACUUAAUAGUAACAGGCAAAUCAAUUUGAAAUUCAUUUCUCAUGUAAUUAUCUCAACUAGCUAUGCUGUUUCUAAAUUAAGAAACGUACUUGUGUUGAGAAAGCCUUAAACUGUGUGGCAUUGUUGCAUGAUAUAUUUUUGUAAACGUUUUCAUUUUUAAUAACUUUUAACCAUUCCGAAAAAAUAAUUUAUCACAAAUAUGGGAGCGUAUCUUUGUUUCUAUGGAAGCGUUCUUAAACUGGGAAUGGAUUCAAAAAUUUUUUGUAACUAUCUCUACCUUAUUAUAGCUGUAAAAAUUGUGCAUCGAAACACACCCAGCUGGCUGUGAAAUAAGCUAAGUACCCUAGAAUUUUAGAACUUCAUAGAGCAUAUAUGACCCAGAAAACAGUAAUAAUAGUAGAACAAAAGUGAGUCAUGUGUCAGAAAAUACUAUUUAUACCUGUCAGGAGUGACAUUUAAAGAAGUUUGGAAAAUGGUUACAGGUCAUUAUUAUCUCUGGAUUCAAGCCAUAGAAUUUGCGGGUGAAAUAUAUUAUAUUAGCUUUUUAUAACUCAUAUUAUAUAAAUUAAUGAACAAUAUUCAACGUACGUGGAGCUUUCGACAAAAAAUGUUUAUACCACACAAGAGAAGGCUGAAAAAUGUAUUCUAUGAACUAAAUAAACAUGUGGUCCAGUUUGUGGUAUUAGUGUUGUGACUACCGCUUCUUCAAUGCCAACGUGACAGAUUCAGUGCAAUAAAUCUUGUCUAUUUAAACUCACAGAAUGCAAAUAAUACUCACUAUUUCAAUAGAAGAACGUUAAAUUUUCACUGAAUUUUGCGAAUGGUAGUAGCUAUGCACAUGUAAGGAUGACGACGUGGAAGUGAUGUGGCUAAUGCAAUACAUUAUUAUACUUCUGAUGAAGUUGUUGACGCUUGCAUUGUUGGUUGAAUUUUGCUACCUUUAUUUUUAAUAUAUCUUUUGAUAUUUGGAAAUGAAGUGGAGUCUUUUGUAUCAUAUAAUCUCUUCUGCUAAUGCAUUCCACACACCACUACAGCUGAGUCAUUUUUGCUGUUGAGGUCAAUUUCCAGCUUCAGUCAAUUUCGGAACUGGAGCUUAACAUACAUUACAGAAUUGUUAACUAUGUAGCUACGUUCAGUACCUCACUGAAAUAUUUUUAAUGAGAAUGUAUACUUUUGUAACGACUUCUGGUGUAUCUGCAGUUAUGCGUUCAUGUCAUGAUUUAACUUUUGGUUUCUUGAGAAAAUGGAAUGUACUUAAUAAUCAAUUUGAUAAACUGCAACUCCAGACUAGUCCACAAUGUAUCUGGAUCUCUUUGCAUGUAAUUCUUAACACCAGAAGAUUGUAUGGUAUCAUUUAUGUAUUUAACACCAGAAUGCUGCAGAAAGGUACAAUAUCUCCGAUUAAUCUUGAAUUUCUUUUUUGAAUUGUUUUCGAUAGAAAACUAUGUAACUGCAACUUAGCUUUUAUUUUCAUACAUUAUAUGUGAGAACGUAUUCUAAUUUGGAAGUGACUACUUUAUCAUGAACAUUAAUUUUGUUUCCUUGCAACUUCAGAGGCUGCUCAUUUAAACAUAUGAAACAAACUAGUGUAAAGCCCAGUUUUAUUUUGUUCAAGAAUGUGUAUUUCUUUCUAUAUUGUACACAUCUAUAUUUCCAAUCUCAGGUCGUGAUGUAAUUCCUUCCGCAAUAUAAUAUAACAAUCACAAAUUUUUUGAUGUACUUUUAUACAACAGAAGUAUGAGUUCGCAAUUAACUGGAAAUUCACCAGAAAUCGAAGCUGUUAUGGAUGAUGGUACAAGCUUCCCCAACCAGUUAUUCAGUGUGUGUGUGAACUGUAUAAAAAAGAGAUGCUUUUUUAUCAUUCUAUAGAGUUUAGGGGAUGCCACUGAGUGGUCUUCAUUACUAAAGCAAUAUCGUGCAUAAUGCAUUUGUAAAUGGGAUGCCUGCUAUCCUGAGGAGACAUAAUAUGUACCUUUAUGCCCAUCAUCAAGUCCAAAUGUUUUUUAUUGUUCUGGCACAUGGUUAUACUAUGAAAAUUUUGUUACUUGUAAGUUCGCUUUUGUAAGGAAUCAUAUUCUGCAUAUUGUUAUUAAUAAAUUAAUUGCCAUUCUUUCA